AUGACCGCUUCGAUGCUCGCGACCGCAACCUUGGGCCUCGGGUCCAUCCCUUCGACCGCCGCCCGCGUCCAUUCGAGGGCCGCUCCGCACCUCCGAGCUCGCGCUUCCGUCUCCCUCGGCGCUCCCCGCGUCCUGCUCGCGAACCGCCGAAAACCCCGCGACUCCCGCGACUCCCGCCAUCGCCGAAGGUCGUCCUCGCUGCGGCUCGUCGCCGAGUUCGACUGCGACGACAAGAUGAGCGUGCCGCCCGGCGCGUUCGGCGGCACCACGCCGGAAAAGAAGGCGGCGAUGAUGAUGGAGUCAAUGUUCACGUACAUCGCGUGCUGGAUCGUCAUCGACCAGACCGAAAACGCCGCGCCAAAGAUAAACACGAAGGAUGGGACGGACGGUGCGGACCAGGAAGCGCACGACGUCGACUCGGACUCCGCCACGCGCGAGGUCAGACGCGUCGUCAACGUGCACGAGUUCCUCCUCAACUUCCUCGAGGAAAACCCCGUGAAAGACGCGGACGCGUUCAUGCGCCUGCUGUCCAAGGCGUCGCCCGAGAUCGCCAUGCGCGUCAUGGAGGUGAGAGCCGCCUACGCCGAGGACGACUUCGAGUGGCAGAACAGCAGGCGCUUGGCGCUGGAGAACAUGAGGAAAGUGAACGGGGACGUGAUGCGCGAGCACGCCACCGCCGCGCUCGCCGCCUCCAUGGUAACCUCCGAAGACCCGGGCGCCUUGUGAUCGACGACGCGCCCGUCCGAGCGACCUCGAUGUAUUUUUGAAGACUCCUGUUGUAUCACUAGCUCCGCUUGCUUGUAACAUUUGGUGUGUGACG